AUGGGACUGAAGCGGGUUCUUGUUAUUGCAGGCUCAGACAGCUCGGGGGGAGCAGGCCUGGAGGCGGACCAGCGAGUGCUCACUGCCCAUGGCUGCUAUGCACUCACGGCGACGACUGCAUUGACAGCACAGAAUACGCUUGGAGUACAGGAUAUCCAUGUUAUACCAACGGAGUUUGUGAGAAAGCAGAUCAGAGCCGGGUUGGAGGAUGUGGGCGCGGAUGGUGUAAAGAUAGGAAUGCUGGCGUCCAUGGAAACGGCAGUCAUGGUGGCGGAGGAAUUGAAAGCACAUAAAGUGCCCUCGAUCACAUUAGACCCUCUGCUACCUCCAGAUGCAGUGAAAGCAGUACGAGAGAAUCUACUGCCAAUAACCACCGUUCUUACCCCGAAUAUCCCGGAGGCAGUUCUCCUGCUUCGAGACUCGGGUGUAGACGUCAAGGAGCCUGGAAAUCUAGAUGAUGCAAUCGCUCUUGCAAAAAAUAUCCAUCAGCUUGGUCCAAAGCAUAUACUGUUAAAAGGUGGCCAUCUGCCCCUGAAUGCUCAGCGACAGAAGCCUACCUCAGACGAAGAUGCGGCUAUUGUCGUUGAUAUCUUGUACGACGGCGUGGAAGUGACAUUGAUCGAGGCUAAUUUCUCGAGAUCUAAGAAUACGCACGGCACAGGAUGUUCUCUUGCAUCGGCGAUUGCGGCAAACCUUGCUAGCGAGAUGGAGAUGACCCGAGCAGUACGUGAGGCAUGUCGAUAUGUUGAAGCUGGGAUAAAUACCAGCACUGAUCUGGGGAAGGGGAAUGGUCCAAUUAAUCAUUUCCAUUCCCUCUACUUCUUGCCUUAUGCACCGGGACAUUUUAUUGAUUAUAUCCUAGAACGACCUGACGUCCAGCCGGUAUGGAAGGCCUUCACAGAACAUGAAUUCGUGCAGAAGCUUUCAGUUGGAACGCUGCCUGUCGAGAACUUCAAGUGGUACCUUGUUCAAGACUAUCUAUAUCUAUCCUCAAAGAUCGUCCUCCACAUCCAACACGAAAUGAAACUGCAUCUUGACUACUGUGCCUCGUUCGGGCUAUCCAAGGAGGACAUCGAAAACUCCAAAGAAAGCCUAACCUGCACGGCAUACAGCCGAUAUAUUCUAGAUAUCGGCCACUCGGGCGACCGGUUGGCUCUCCAGUUCGCACUGGCUCCCUGCCUCCUUGGCUAUGGAGCCAUUGCCCAAAGACUCUUCCACGCUGACGAAAGUGUCAGAGAAGGUAAUAACUAUUGGAAGUGGGUUGAAAAUUAUGUCGCAGAAGAUUACUCCGAGGCCGUCAAGCUAGGUUCAGCCAUGCUCGAGAAGCAUUCAAGAAGCAUAUCACCCUCUCGCGUGGAGGAGCUGGUUCAGAUAUUUGUUCGAGCAACGGAGCUCGAGAUCGGGUUUUGGGAUAUGGGGCUGAAGGGGGAUUCUAUCUGGGCCAGUGUCAGGUCAUUUGCAAUAAUAAGCACCUUCUAA